UCCAGUAGAAAGCGUUAGACGGCACGAAAUUUUAACGCCGUACUGCUCUUCCUGCGUGUUUUUCCAAUGCAUAUACUUUAAACAUGUGGAUACCUACUGAACACGAAAAAUACGGCGUCGUGCUGGCCAGUUUCCGGGGAACAGUGCAGCAUGGCUUGCCACUGGAGAUUGGAGAUACGGUGCAGAUCUUGGAGAAAUGUGAAGGUUGGUACAGAGGAUUUGUCCUUAAGAACCCAAAUGCCAAGGGGAUCUUCCCAUGCAGUUACAUUCAUCUGAAAAACGCACAAAUCAAGAACAAAGGGCAGUUUGAAACAGUGGUGCCAACGGAGGACUCGGUGAUCACAGAGAUGACCUCCACCCUGAGAGACUGGGGUGCUCUGUGGAAGCAGCUUUAUGUGAAGAAUGAGGGGGACUUGUUCCACAGGCUGUGGCAUGUAAUGAAUGAGAUUUUGGAUCUGCGGAGGCAGGUUCUGGUGGGUCACCUGACCCACGACCGAAUGCGGGAUGUCAAACAACACAUCACAGCUCGUCUAGACUGGGGCAACGAGCAGCUGGGGUUGGACCUGGUGCCUAGAAAGGAGUUCAGCAUGGUGGAUCCUGAUGAAAUCAGUGUUACAGAGCUAUACAGACUGAUGGAGCAUCGGCAUCGUAAAAAAGACACCCCUGUUCCGGCCAGCACACAUCACCUCUUUGUGCAUGUUAAAAGUCUCAUGAGUUCCAACCUGGGAGAAGAACUGGAAGUUUUCUUUUCCAUCUACGACGGACGAGAGGGUCGACCCCUGAGUGAAAGGUUCUUUGUGAAGCUGAAUAAAAAUGGAGUGCCCAAGUGUCCAGAGAAAACGGAAAGACAAUGCACCCUUUUUGUGGACUUGGGGAGUAGUGACUUGAGGAAGGAUGUGUAUGUAGUUGUUCACAUUAUAAGAAUAGGCCGGAUGGGUGCAGGAGAAAAGAAGAACACGUGCAGUGUCCAGUACAGAAGGCCGUUUGGCUGUGCUGUCGUCAGUAUCGCUGAUCUUCUCACUGCUGACUCUAAAGACGACCAUCUACUCAAGGUCUACGCGUGUAAUACGGAGAGUGACUGGUAUCAAAUUCAUGACAACAUCAUCAAAAAAGUCAACUCCAGAUACAAUCUAUCAGGGUCAAACACAGGCUUGGCAGUGGGGAUGCAGCUGUUACAUGGGGACAUAGAGCAGUUGAGGAGAGAGCAUAUGGUAUUGUUCUCCAGAGGAGUAUCCAUCACCAAGAAACUGGGCUUCUCUGAUGUCAUCAUGCCAGGAGAGAUGCGGAAUGAUCUGUACAUGACGCUUGAGAGAGGAGAAUUUGAGAAAGGAGGGAAGAGUGUGGCCAGGAAUGUGGAGAUCACGGUGUAUGCUCUGGGUGUGGAUGGGCAGAUUUUAAAGGGCUAUGUGGCAGUGGGCUCUGGAGAGCCAGGGGCAGAUGAGUACCGCUCUUUUGUUCUUUACCACAACAACAGCCCACGGUGGGCAGAACAGAUCAAACUGCCCAUCCCCGUGGACAUGUUCAGAGGUUCACACGUCCGUUUCGAAUUCAGACACUGCUCCACUAAAGACAAAGGGGAGAAGAAGUUGUUUGGCUUUUCCUUCGUCCCUCUAAUGCAGGAGGAUGGGAGGACCCUGCCCGACGGCACACACGAGCUCAUUGUCCACAAGUGUGAAGACAGUUCUUAUCUCCAGGACUGUUCUCGUUACCUGAAACUGCCCUUCUCUAAAGCCUACCUGUCAGGGAACAACCACAGUGUGAAAACCAGCAAAGAGUCUCUCUGGAUCACUUCCUUCCUCUGUUCCACCAAACUCACCCAGAAUGGUGACAUGCUGGACCUGCUGAAGUGGAGAGCUCACCCAGAAAGAAUCAGUGACAGCCUGUCCAAACUGAAGGAGAUAGAUGGCUCUGAAAUAGUCAAGUUUCUACAGGAUACGUUGGAUACACUCUUUGGGAUCCUGGAUGAAAAUUCUCAGAGAUAUAGCCUGAAGGUGUUUGAUUGUCUGGUGCACAUAAUAAAUUUGCUUCAAGACAGCAAGUUUGAGCACUUUAAACCAGUCAUGGACACUUAUAUAGAGAGCCACUUUGCCGGGGCCCUGUCGUACAGGGAUCUGAUUAAGGUGUUAAAAUGGUACAUGGAUCGCAUCAUAGAGGCAGAGCAUCAGGAUCAUAUCCAACAGGUCCUUAAGGCAACGGAAUACAUCUUUAAGUACAUAGUCCAAUCACGUCGGUUGUUCUCACUGGCCACUGGAGGACAGAAUGAAGAGGAGUUUCGUUGCUGUGUGAAUGAGCUCUUCAUGUCAAUACGCUUCUUUCUGUCUCAGGAGAGCAAGGGUUCGAGCCCUGUGGCACAAACACAGGCCGUGUUCUUGCGAACGUUCCCGGCCAUGUAUGGGGAGCUGCUGAAACUGUUCUCGGUGAAGGAAGUGGCUACGUUUGUACGGGACACGCUGGGCAGUCUCCCUGUGACUGUUCACCCAGACUGCCCCCUGGAGGCCAUCAAACUGCAGUGCCUCGCUAAGACUGUAGAGAGUCAGCUGUACACCAACCCUGAGUCGAGGUGUAUCCUGCUCCCAGUGGUGUUACGUUUGCUGCAGGCUCACAUGCUGGAGCAGAAGGAGCAGAUGAUGUGUGCUCGCAUCCUCACCAGCGUGUUGUCUCUAAUGAAGAAAGACGACAAGGGCACAUCAGAGGAGGUGGAUCUGAUCGUGGAGAGUCUGUUGGGCGUUUUACUGAAGAUCAUUCGGGAGCUCGCCAACCGACCCCAGCCUGCUGCACCCACACUUAACCUGCAGUUUCAGGAGGUCAUGGGGGAGUUUGUGGCGUGUCUCUUGGCUUUAUUGAAGCAGAUGAAGGAUCGGCACUACCAGCAGCUGCUGCGUCGCUUCUCCAGCAAAGAUGAUCUGAGAGAGUUUCUGCUGCAGAUCUUUAAUGUGUUUCGUAUCCUAAUACGACCAGAGAUGUUCCCGAAAGACUGGACUGUUAUGAGACUGGUCACCAACAAUGUGAUCAUCACCACAGUUCUGUAUUUAUCAGACGCUUUGAGGAAAAACUUCCUCAAUGACAAGUUUGACUUCAUGGUGUGGGAGUCGUACUUCUACCUGUCUGUCAUCUUCAUCAACCAGCCCUGUCUGCAACUAGAGACUUUCUCACCAUCAAAGAGGAAGAAAGUUCUGGAAAAGUAUGGAGACAUGAGGGUGAUGAUGGGCUGUGAGAUUUUCAGCAUGUGGCAAAAUUUGGGGGAGCACAAGCUAAACUUCAUCCCUGCUCUGAUUGGUCCGUUCCUGGAGGUAACGCUUGUGCCCCAGCCAGACCUACGGAGCGUGAUGAUUCCCAUUUUCCAUGACAUGAUGGAUUGGGAACAACGUAGGAGUGGAAAUUUUAAACAGGUGGAGGCCAAACUCAUAGACAAGCUGGACAGUCUUAUGUCAGAGGGAAAAGGGGAUGAAACAUACAGAGAACUCUUCAACAGCAUUAUUCCCCUGUUUGGGCCAUACCCUAGUCUGCUGAAGAAGAUUGAGAGAGAAACUUGGAGAGAAAGUGGUGUCUCACUCAUUGCCACAGUAACACGGCUGAUGGAGAGACUGCUGGAUUACAGGGACUGUAUGAAGCAGGGGGAGGUGGAUGGGAAGAAGAUUGGAUGCACUGUUAGUCUCCUGAACUUCUAUAAAACAGAGUUGAAUAAGGAGGAGAUGUACAUCCGUUACAUUCAUAAGCUGUAUGACCUCCACUUGAAAGCACAGAACUACACAGAGGCUGCAUACACCCUGCUGUUGUAUGACGAGCUGUUGGAGUGGUCAGAGCGCCCCCUAGGGGAAUUCCUGAGUUAUCCUAUGCAGACGGAGUGGCAGAGAAAAGAAUACCUCCAUCUCACCAUUAUCCAAAACUUCGACCGUGGCAAGUGUUGGGAGAACGGGAUCCAUCUUUGUAGAGAACUCGCUGAUCAAUACGAGGCCUACUACGACUACAGAAACUUGAGCAAAAUGAGGAUGAUGGAGGCUUCUUUGUAUGACAAAAUCAUGGAUCAGCAAAGAUUAGAACCAGAGUUCUUCAGAGUGGGAUUUUAUGGAAAGAAAUUUCCCUUCUUUUUAAGAAAUAAGGAAUUUGUGUGCCGUGGUCAUGACUACGAGCGUUUGGAGGCAUUCCAGCAGCGCAUGCUGAAUGAGUUCCCUCACGCCAUCGCCAUGCAACAUGUUAACCAGCCUGAUCAGACCAUCUACCAGGCUGAUGCACAGUACCUGCAGAUUUAUGCAGUGAGCCCUAUUCCAGACAGUCAGGAUGUCCUACAGAGGGACGGUGUCCCCGACAACAUUAAGAGUUUCUACAAAGUCAACCACAUCUCACGCUUCCGCUACGAUCGGCCAUUCCACAAAGGCACCAAGGACAAGGAGAAUGAGUUUAAGAGUCUUUGGGUGGAGAGGACUACACUGACCCUGGUGCAGAGUCUGCCAGGCAUCUCCCGCUGGUUUGAAGUGGAGAAAAGAGAACUGGUGGAGGUGAGUCCACUGGAGAACGCCAUUGAAGUGAUAGAGAAUAAGAACCUGCAGUUGAGAACACUGAUCACACAGUGCCAGACUAAACAGAUGCAGAACAUUAACCCACUAACCAUGUGCCUGAAUGGAGUCAUCGACGCUGCCGUUAAUGGAGGACUCGCACGCUACCAAGAGGCAUUCUUUGUGAAGGAGUACACAGUUAACCACCCAGAGGACAGCGAUAAGAUUGGGCGGCUGAGAGAACUUAUGUUUGAACAGGCUCAUAUUCUAGGCUUUGGCCUUGAAGUGCAUGAUAAGUUUGUCCCACAGGACAUGCGACCACUGCACAAGAAACUAGUGGAACAGUUUCAUCUAAUGAAGUCUAGUCUGGGUAUUCAGGAGAUUCCAGCCUACGUGCGAGCGAGUCCAAUUCCUUUCACCAAUGGGAGUCCACGGACCAGAGGAAACUCCGCCCCCUUUAUUAAUGCGGAGGGUGUGCGCGUUGUGGCCAGACGCAGUCCCCUCAGUUACCCAGUGGCCAACCGAUCCUCAUCUUCUUCGCUGUCAUCCCAAGCGUCCAAUGACAUCACAGGCCAGUCAGAGAGUUCAGACGAAGUCUUCAACAUUCUGCCAAGUCCAUCUACCUCAAGCCUCAGCUCCAACCAUUCUGCCUCUCCUAACGUGACCAGCUCAGCUCCCUCCAGUACCAGAGGUUCUCCACAAAUGACAGACAAGCACAGACAUUCCAGGGAGAACACCUGCCUGUCACCACGAGACCGGCCCUGCAGUGCCGUCUACCCAAGUCCACUGGACCACACUCAGCGGACUGUUCCAAAUGCCCCAGGAGAUGCCACCCUGCCCCGGAGUGAACCGAACAUCUCCACUCCAGACAAAGUGGUCAAGGCUGCGGCGAGUAGCUGGAGUCUUGACUGUGUGAAAGAGGUCAACACACAGCUGUCCGAGACUGUUGGAAAGUGGUUAUGCCCCCCUGUCCCUCCCAGGCCACAGUAUCCAGGUUCUCCUGCCAAGAAUAUGAGGUCUCAGUCCCCUGUGCCGGCAUCCCGAUCUCCACAGAAGACUACCAAUUUGCCCUUCACGCCAUCACCCACUGAGUGCAAUUCUGCUGGGCUGGUGUCGAACUCUCCUGCCCUGUCUGGCAGCUACAGCAGUGGCAUCUCCUCUUUAAGCCGCUGCAGCGUGUCAGAGGCCUCGGUCACCGAAGCCCAGCUCGCCGAACACGCCCUGCCCAACUCCACCUCCAGCGGCUCAGACGAGCUCACUCGCCGGGAGAACAAAACCCCGCCCCCUUACAGCAUGCACGAGCGCAACCAUCUGCGGCGCCCCAUACCGCAACCGCCGACCCUGUCUAUUCCAGUUAACGUGGACCCACCUGCUCUGCCUCCCAAACCACACCAGCUCCGCAGGCCGGACCAGGUGCCUCGACCCAGGCCCCUUCCCCGUAAAGUGUCCCAGCUCUAGUC